AGAAGCAGAAGAAAAGAAGAGUGCACAGGUGUGGUGCGCUCUGUGCAUCGGGGAAAACAUGGGGAAACUUCAAGAGUUUGUGAUCACGUUUGACAAAAACAAAGUGAUGUACAGUCCUGGCGACCCUAUUACUGGAACUGUGACAAUCAAAUUGGUCCAGCCGCUGCAGUGUAAAGCCAUCAAAGUGAACUGCAAUGGUUUCUGUGGUAUUACCAGUAAGGUAAAUGACACGGCAUGGACGGUGGAGGAACAGUACUUCAACAGCACCAUCUCUGUUGCAGAUAAAGGAACCCUCAAGCAGGGAGAACACACUUUUCCAUUCAAGUUUCUCAUACCAGACUCUGCUCCAACAUCUUUUGAAGGCAACUAUGGUAGGAUCAUUUACAGAGUGAGGGCUUUUAUUGACACACCACGAUUUGCCAAGGACUACAAUACAGAGAAAGCUUUCUACCUGCUAAGCCUUCUAAACCUGAAUGAAGUGCCAGACAUAUGGGGAACCUGUUCAUCUGCAGUGACCCAGCAGUUCACCUACAUGCUGGUGAAAACUGGUACAGUGGUCCUGAAGGCUCAGACUGACAUGAAAGGUUACACACCAGGCCAGAUCAUCCAGGUGACAGCUAACAUCCACAAUGAGUCUGGGAAGACUACAGGCAACAUGGCAGCCAGCCUGAUGCAGAGAGUGACCUAUGAGACGAAGAGGCCCACCCAUGAUGUGAGGACGAUAGUAGAUGUGGAGGGUGGUGUGGUGAAGGCUGGCAAGGAGGUGGAGUGGAAGGAGCAGAUCAUUGUUCCUCCUCUUCCACAGUCCUCCCUCGCUGGCUGUGAUCUCAUAAAGAUUGAAUAUUACAUCAAAGUCAAUCUAAAGUCUCCAGAUGUCAUGUUGACAUUACCCAUCCACAUUGGGAACGUCUCACUAGACAAAAAACUGCAACCUUCGAAAAAAGCUACUCCUCCUCCCGCUGAACAUACACCAGCCUCUGCACCUGACACCUCCACAACUGACACCUCUGCCCUUAACCCCAAACUGCCCCCUCACCCCAACCCCAAACCCGCUCCCCGUCCCACUCCUCGCUCCAGGUUGUCCAUCAAUAAUUCCCCCAGUGCUCCUCCAGCUGAGGACCACCAGGGAGCAGAGGGUGGGACUCCAAUGAACGAUGGCUUCACAAAUAAACGUCAGUCUCAGCUGGUGUCACCCAAUGCUUUCAGCUAUGCCCCCGGCUUAUUUUUCUCCCAGAACCAGCAGCACCAUGGUCCAGGGUCUGUACCCAGUGGGCCUAUGUUCAGUGAGUCCACAGUGGCCACAGCACCUUACCCCCUUGAGGGUGCUAGCUCAAUGCCAAUACCACUCAUCCUGCCUCCAGACUACGGCACCUCGGCAUAUCCACAAGGAUCCUGGCAUGGAUAAAAGCAGCCCACAACUUAAAAUAAGAAGCUCCUCCAUCUUAUAAUGAGAGCUGCAACACAUGAAGCGGAUGAAGAACCAGCAACCUCCCACCAGGAUGACGAUCACUUCACUCUAAUAUAAAAAAAAAUCUUAAACUAUAACUGCAAUUUGUGUACCAUGUUGGUGCGUUUUCAAAAGAAAUAUUACUUGGACAAAAUGACAAGAUACAGAGGAAACUUAAUCGAACAUACUAUGGUAAGGUUAUUUUAGGCCACUAAAAAGAUUUUGUGUAAGUUUCAAGCUUUUUUAAAUGUAAGAGAAUCCGCAUUUUGAAUUGAAAUGAAAGUGAAUUGAUUUAAUACUCUCCUGCCAAAGUGAACAAGUACCUUCACUAACCUAACGGAGGUUAUUCUCUCCUGUAAACCAGCCAAACCAAAUCUUUUUGAAAUCAGUUUUUGGUAUACUUUUUGCACUUUGAAUGAAAGGAAAGAGAAGGGGGGUAUGCAGAAUUUGAGGAUACUUUUGAUUUGCUGUUCUUUGUACAGUAAGUCAUGUUGUACAGGAGUCAUGUUUGUAGUUGUAGGUUAUUUAGGUGGCAUCUGUGAUGUCAUGUUUGAAAGUUUUAUGUAUGAAAACCUGUGCAAAACACACUGAUUUAGUAUUUAGUUUAAUAUCUUUAUUGUUUCAAAAGUGAAAUAAAGUAAUUUUUUAAAGAAAA